UCCAAGUCCCAAAAAAAAAAGAAGAAGCAAGUAAUUGUAUUGAAGUAAUUGCUUGGUCCCAACACUGCUCAAAGUUGUAGGUUGUGAGUCAGGUUUCUGAUGUUGACUGACCUCUAUUUAUCCUCCCCAUAAGCCUCCAACUUCCCUUGCACUUCCUCAAAACCAACUUCUUCCAGGACAAAAAUGGCUCAUAUUGGGUAUCUUUUAAUGGGCUUCCUAUGGAUGGUCUCAGUUGUUCAUGGUUAUAGCAAUUGGAUUAAUGCACAUGCUACUUUCUAUGGUGGAGGUGAUGCUUCUGGCACAAUGGGUGGGGCUUGUGGGUAUGGAAAUUUAUACAGUCAAGGUUAUGGGACUAAUACAGCUGCACUGAGCACUGCAUUGUUUGAUAAUGGGUUGAGUUGUGGUGCAUGUUUUGAGGUAAAGUGUGUGAAUGACCCACAAUGGUGUCUCCCUGGCUCAAUUGUGGUCACUGCUACUAACUUCUGCCCUCCUGGAGGCUGGUGUGACCCUCCAAACCACCACUUUGAUCUCUCUCAGCCUGUCUUUCAACAUAUUGCACAAUAUAGAGCUGGUAUUGUUCCUGUUAUCUACAGAAGGGUGAGGUGCAGGAGAAGUGGGGGUAUUAGGUUCACAAUAAAUGGGCAUUCAUACUUCAAUUUGGUUCUGGUCACAAAUGUUGGUGGUGCUGGUGAUGUGCAUAGUGUGGCCAUUAAAGGUUCAAGAACUGGGUGGCAACAAAUGUCAAGAAAUUGGGGCCAGAACUGGCAGAGCAACUCCUACCUUAAUGGACAGAGCCUUUCAUUUCUAAUUACAACUAGUAAUGGCCACAAACUUGUCUCUUACAAUGUUGCACCUCCUAAUUGGUCAUUUGGACAAACAUACACUGGAAGCCAGUUCAAUUAGUCAUCUGCUAAGCUUUAUUAGCAUAUUAUGCAUGUGGCUCUAUGAUCAGUAAGUUUUUUACUGCCAGAGAUGUAAUUCUGAACGCAGUUAUUCUUUUUUUUUUUGGGUCCUUUUAGUGGUUCUAAUGGGUUUGUUUCACUGCCUAUUACAGCCAUAUUAAGUUAUAGAGAGAAGUUGUUGUAAAUGCUUUGGGAAGGGGCCAUUUUUACUAUGGUUAAGGUUACUGUUACCCUUCAGAUCCAGUGAAAUAUGGCACUGUUUGUAUUUAAGCAGCUAUUGAAUGCAAAAGUUCCACUCUAUUAUGAUAGGAACAUAUCUUUUGGCUUCA